AUGGGCAACUGGCAAGCAUUCAAGAUGCAAGCUCUUCCCACGUUUCUGCUGCUAGUAAUGUGGAGACCUGCAGCUUUGUGUUUCACUUCAUGGAUCAUCGGAACUGGAGUUCUGUGUUUAACCUUCUUCCAGUUAGCAGACUCUGAGUCGGACUGUGAGCUUGGUGAGAGGUGCAUUGGGCAGAGCGAUGAAAACCUUAGCAUCUGGUAUGUAUGGUUCCUGAUGUUGUUUUUCCUGGCCUUGCUCCUGUCCUGCGGGAUCUGCUGCUGCCUGCAGUGCUGGCUGAAACGGCGGGGCUGCCUCCCCCACCGGCGCACCCUGGCCGUCUUCGCGCUCAGCAGCUCGGAUGCCUUUGCAAGCGAAGUGCCUCGGUGCCCGUUCUCUGGAUCUCAGAGCCCCAGCAUGGCUGCGGAGAUGUCCUCCUCUCUUGCCCCACGGUUCAGCCUUGGCGGAACUGAGUUACCUCCAUCCUAUGAGGACAUUAUGAAGGAAAACAAGCUCUAGACACCACAUGUUGGCCUUCUGCAAUUCCAGUGGUUCAUCAGAGAUCUUUCAUGAUGCUACAGCAGUGUGAGAUCAAAUCAGCCCUUUCCACAGGUUGGCUGAGAGACUGAAAAGCAGCACAUAUUGCAUCUGAACCAAAAAGGGGAGACUAAACGCAACAUAAUAAAGGCAAAAAACAUGUGUUGAAUCUACCACAGGAGCUCAGCUUGACAUUUUGAUAGGGCUCUGGAUUUUGAGAAGCUCCCUCAAAGGCCUAUCUGUAUUCAGGGUUUCUGGCUCAGCCUCCGGAUUUAUCUCUCUCAGGCUGCUUGAGCUGGUGCAACCCCA